AUGCCGUCCCCCGGGAGCCCGGAGCAGGCCCGGGUGUUUCUUGGGGCUGUCUUGGAAAUUUCUGCAGUAGCACUGGGUAGGAGGGACAAGUUGGAUCCCUUGGACCCCGGCAGGGGAGAAGAGUAUUACUAUGUCCAGGAGAGCAACUUCUACUGCAAGAAGUGCCCUCCAGGCAAGUACGUUGCUGCUCACUGCAAGGAGCCCAAUGGCUCCAGCCUGUGUCGGCCCUGUAAAGAGGACGAAUCCAUCGGGUACCCAAACGAAUACACCGAAUAUCCAAACGACUUUUUGAAGUGUCUCCCCUGCCGGACGUGUAGGGAAGAUGAGGUGGAGACAAGUCCCUGCAGACCCACCAGCAACACCCAGUGUGCCUGCAAGAGUGGUACCUUCUGCUCCCCGGACCACCCCUGUGAGAUGUGCCAGAAGUGCCGGCCCCGGUGUUCCCAAGGCGAAGUGGAGCUGGCUCCCUGCACGCCCCACAGCGACCGUCAGUGUGGUCCCCCCACCGACACCUCGUCCGGCUCCUCCUACAACUGGAUCCUGAUCGUUGCGCUGUUGGUAGCAGCUGUGGUCGUGCUUGUUGUCUUCAUCUGCAAGAAAUACGGGUGCUACUGUUGCCCAAGGGACGGGAGGGACCUGAGCAGAAAGUCCUGCGGCGUGGUGGACUACCUGAUGCGGCGGGUGACCACCAGGUAUGAGAGAGGGAGGCCGGAGAUACAGGACAACAACCGCAACGAGAGGAAGAAUCUGGUUCCUGUGCCGGGACAAGACCCCGUUAUCCUUCUGCGUCGCUCUUUUGAGUUCUUUGCCCAAGACGUGCCCUACAAGGACUGGAAGAGGUACGGCCGAGCCCUUGAUCUGCUGGAGAACGACAUUGUCCUCGCGGAAAUGAACGACAAGUACUCUCUGGAGCCCUUCUUCCAGAUGCUCAACACGUGGCUCAACAGACAAGGGAUGAACGCCUCCGUGAACACGCUGCUGGAGACCCUGCGCCGCAUCAAUCUCGGAGGGGUUGCAGAAGACAUCUCCUCCAAGCUGGUCCAGCAGGGAUUCUUCCAGUACGAAGCGAGCUGAGGAGCAGGGCGGGCCCCACAUCUCCUCACUUCAAGCUAAAAACCAUGAAUACCUCUUCAGAAGACUUGAAGCUUUUUGUCUUUUUAUUGCUCUCCUGUGGCUCUUCUCUUUUUGAAGCCAUUGUACAGUUGGGACGAGCCCGGAGGAUGUGAUCCUCUUGCGAAGGACAAACCUCAUGGUCCUCUCUGCUGAAGCUACGGGCUCCAUGUUGGUGCUUCCUUAGGAAAACCAGUGCCUUCAUUCUACUGGACCAACCCGAAGAGCCUAAAAACAUAUCACAAGCUGCCUCUGGGACUAUCUCACUCGGAAGCACUGGUGCUCUCCAGCCAUCUUCAAGAGCGGUGCAGAAAAGGGCCUUUUUUUGCAGGAUGUAGGCAUCCCUGUGGUUUUUAACUGGAUCAUCCUUUUUUUGGGGGGGGGUCCUGGCAUCACGCAAUGGCUUCUGCUUGUAGAAGAUCUCUAAGGUGGCCAGCAAGGUCAAUACUGUAUGCUCGGUGGACAAGCAUGAGUGGGGUUCUUGGGUUCCUUUCCUCCAAGCUCUUGACUGAGUAGGGUUUUAACCGAUAGCAGUUCUGCUUGCUGUGAGGAACCAGUUUGAAACUGGACUUUGAGGGGAGGGUGGGAAUGAUUUAGAAUCACAGAAUGGUUUCGGUUGGAAAAGACCUUUUAAAAGAUCAUCAGGUCCAACCACUAACGUAGCACUGCCAAGGCCAGCACUAACCCACGUCCCUCAGCACCACGUGGGCCUGGGUUUUAAAUCCCUCCAAGGCUGGUGGCUCCACCGCUGCCCUGGGCAGCCUGGUCCAAGG